UUGGGAGUGCUCAAAGGGUUUUGAUUGCUGGAAAAGGAAACGUAGCCUUUACUGCAUCAUGGUUUAGAAUCGCACCCUAUAUUUGGCCUUCAUGGAGGCUGCCCUUGUUUUGUGGUGUCUGAAGUCCUUGCUCUACAUGUUGCAAACGUGGGAUUCCGAGUGAGAAGCAAAUUGCAAGUUGUUCAUUUCCCCCAGGAAAGCAAGAUAAUAAAAGGCCUUUCUUUCCUAUAUAGCAUUUAAAAAGAAUUGACUAUAGUGCGUGUUUUUGUUUUUUUUUUUAACUAGUACUGGGUGGUGAGGAUAUUUACUUCUGGAAACAGUUUUCCCCAAAUAUUAGGUCCUUUUACCCUGCAGCCUUCCUGCUCGGUUGCAUUCUAAAACAGUAUUUGUGGAACUCUCAGUCACUCUAUAUCAUAAUGCAUUUCAUUGUCCUUAUCUGGCAGAACUCUAUCCUGACACCAGGGCGAGCUAGAAUAGACAGAAAGAAACACGAUUAAGUUUAAGCAGUUGCUUUAUACCGUCUUUUCAGUGGUGAAGGCAAAUAGUUUAUACUAUUAUCUGUUUAUACUAUUUCACUUUUACGUUCCUUGUAAAACUGAAGAAGUGGGGAAAUCUAUUUUGGAAUUGAUUCUGUAUGUUUCAGACUACUAAUAUUUUUGCCUUGGAAGUAAAUUUCAGAGUCACAGUGUUUGGAUAUGAAGCCUUAGAGUGAUCGUUGGGUCUGAGAAGUUGCAUUUAUCGGAAAAGAAUAUGAAAUAAACUGGGAAUUGUGUUGUAGGUUAGGUUUCAGGGCACAAUAUUUUGUGAUAGGUGAUAGUCAUGUGUACUGAGGAUUGAACAAAGAUUGGUGUAAAGCUUUAGGCUCCAGUCUACUUCCUGUUUCUAUGGAUUUGCAUGUUUUCGACAUUUCAGACACGAUGAGGCGAGUGGUACGACAGAGCAAGUUUCGGCAUGUCUUUGGACAAGCGGUGAAAAAUGACCAGUGUUAUGAUGACAUCCGGGUUUCGCGUGUGACCUGGGAUAGUUCCUUUUGCGCUGUCAAUCCCAGAUUUGUUGCCAUAAUCAUAGAAGCGAGUGGGGGAGGAGCGUUCCUUGUGCUCCCUUUGCACAAGACUGGCCGUAUCGACAAAUCCUACCCGACAGUAUGUGGCCACACAGGACCGGUGCUGGAUAUAGACUGGUGCCCACACAACGAUCAGGUCAUCGCCAGUGGCUCGGAGGACUGCACGGUCAUGGUGUGGCAGAUCCCAGAAAAUGGACUCACCCUUUCCCUGACCGAACCCGUGGUGAUUUUAGAAGGCCACUCAAAGAGAGUUGGUAUCGUGGCCUGGCACCCGACAGCCCGCAACGUGCUUCUUAGCGCAGGCUGUGAUAAUGCCAUCAUCAUCUGGAACGUGGGAACAGGGGAAGCCCUGAUUAACUUGGACGACAUGCACUCGGACAUGAUCUACAACGUCAGCUGGAACAGGAAUGGCAGUCUGAUCUGCACAGCUUCCAAAGACAAGAAAGUGCGAGUAAUCGAUCCUCGGAAACAAGAAAUUGUCGCUGAGAAGGAGAAGGCGCAUGAAGGAGCAAGGCCCAUGAGGGCCAUCUUCCUGGCAGAUGGGAAUGUCUUUACCACUGGUUUCAGCCGCAUGAGCGAGCGGCAGCUGGCUCUCUGGAACCCGAAAAACAUGCAGGAACCGAUUGCUCUUCAUGAAAUGGACACGAGCAAUGGGGUGUUGCUGCCUUUCUACGACCCUGACACCAGUAUCAUUUACUUGUGUGGAAAGGGAGACAGCAGCAUCCGCUAUUUUGAGAUCACAGACGAAUCCCCUUAUGUCCACUACCUCAAUACGUUCAGCAGCAAGGAGCCUCAGAGAGGCAUGGGGUACAUGUCCAAGAGGGGGCUUGAUGUCAACAAAUGUGAGAUUGCCAGGUUCUUCAAACUCCAUGAGAGAAAGUGUGAGCCUAUUAUCAUGACUGUCCCCAGGAAGUCAGACCUUUUCCAAGAUGACCUAUAUCCUGACACGGCGGGGCCCGAAGCCGCGCUGGAAGCAGAGGAGUGGUUUGAGGGGAAGAACGCAGACCCAAUCCUCAUCUCCUUGAGGCACGGUUACAUUCCAGGCAAAAACAGGGAUCUCAAGGUUGUUAAGAAGAACAUUCUGGAUAGCAAGCCCAGCGCAAACAAGAAGUGCGACCUGAUCAACGCCCCCAAGAAAACCGUGGACACGGCUAGUGUGCAAAAUGAAGCCAAGUUGGAUGAGAUUUUAAAAGAGAUCAAAUCUAUUAAAGACACAAUCUGCAAUCAAGACGAGCGCAUUUCCAAGUUAGAACAGCAGAUGGCGAAGAUAGCAGCCUGAGGACCACCCCGCGCAGGGAGCUCGCAGCCGGUGCUGGUGUGGUCCCGGGAGGGCGAGCCGGAGGCACUGCCAUUGGAGACAUUCCAUUUCAGAUCUGUCAGCCAGCGAUAGGCCACAUUCCAGUGAGAACUCAAUUCGUCUCCCAAAUUUACAGAAACAAAAUGUGAUUUAAAAGCUGAGCUUUUUAUCAGAAAGCUUUUUUGAUGUUUUAAGUGUUAUGUGACUUGUUGAACUUUCAAAAGAUAAAAGUGCUACUUUUAAAAUCCCAGAUAUUCUCAAUUUUAGAACACCAACCAAUUCUGAUUCAGUGUCAUGCCCAAGUACUUUUUUUUUUUUAAAUAGGGACCAAUGCCACAUUGCUUUUUAUAUUUCUUCUUUUUUAAUGUUGCCAAAACCAAAAGUAGCUUUUUUUCUUUGUAUUUUGCUACUUUGCAGUAUUUGUGUGUGGUUUUUUUUUUCUUUAAUUUGAAAGGGACAGCACUGUGUAUGUUUAUAAACUAAAUGAAGAUGUUAUUUUGUAUAAGCAGCCAUCUGCGCGCCAUCCGCGCGGCCACCGCCUCCAGGCCGUGGGCAGCUCGCGCCCGGGGCGCUCGGCGGCACUGACGGAGGAGGGCUUGCAAGAUCACGUGGGUUCCUGUCACCUCUCCUUUGAUCCAAAAGUCCAUAUCCUGUCGUUGCCUUUCUUCCCUUUCUCAUUUCUAGAAAUUAGGUGGUUGUAUCAGAAUGGAAUUUUGCUUCUUGGUUACCUUGUGCUUCAGAUGAUUAUAAUCUAACC